AUGCAUUUUCAAGGCGGUCUUUCUGUUGCAAGAAGAAGAAGAAGAAGAAGAAAAACAGGAAAGCGAAUAUCUGGAGCUGCUGAUGGAGGAAUGGAAGUGCAUUUCCAGUGACGGGAAAGCACGUCUGGACAGUCUGCGCGCGUUGAAGGAGGCUUGAGGGAAGAGAAAGCGAUGCGUUUCAUUUUAGUUGGACAUAGGUGGAAGCACCUCAGCGGUGUGUGAACGGAGGGGGAGAGAGAGGGGAACAAGAGCAGGGAGGGGGCGGGGGUGUAUGGACCUCGCUGGUUACGGGACCCACAGGCACCCCGAUUGUGCUCCGCUCUCAUCAUUUCUGGAGGUGUAAGGACAAAAGGAAAGAGAAGAAGAAAAGGCCCGGGUUCUGGGUGUCGUGACGGGGCCCCCGACGUCGCCGCCGCCGCCGCCGCCGCUUGGUUCGGGGUAGUCUGGGCUCGGAAGGCUGCGGGGGGAAAGCGGCGGAGCGGUCGACUCUAGGCUGGGGUUUCCUGCCACAGCAGCGGGAUUGUCACAAAACAGCCUUUCACUCUUCGAGGGGCCUUGUGUUGCUGCGUUUCCAGGCCAACAUCUGAUGGAAACCUGAAUGCCGUAUUGUGUGUGGAUUUACAGAUAACCCAAACUGGAAUUGAUGGAAUCUGAGGUGGAAUAAAUGGAUUACCCUGUUUUGGAAAACUGUUGCCGUGGAACUAUUUGAGGUUAAAUGACGGUUGACAAAGAACAGCAAAUUGAAUGCUGAAGGCGGCCGGGAGAGCACGGCCGCCUUCAGAGAAGUCUGAGGAGUUCAGAGGAGUCUGAACACACACCCCAAAAAAAAGAGUACCGCAAAAGGGACCAAAUGCAUCAACCGGUCAAAUGAGUGUAAAAAUAAUUUCAUCUGGCACCCAACAGCUGACUAGACUAUCCAUGGAGACUUUGCUUUUUGGAAUGAUUAAUGAGGAUCACUGUUUAGACUUCUUGAUUCUCUCCGGGUGGGUUUUGUGUCACACAGGUGUGAGUCAAAUCCACAGACAGUCGCACACAAGAAGGAGCUAAAGGAUCACUGCAACAGAGCAACUUGCGUGUGUCUUUUGAGACUUUUGUUUCUGAAUUUUUACCUUUGGAUUGGAACGUCUGUGGAGUUUAUCCGUAUGAAGAAAAUCCCUGCUGGCCAUGUGGAAGUCCAUGAUAUUUCUUUCACUGUGCCAAACGAAUUUUGCUUUUUGGAAAUGAACUAAUGCAUCUCUGCAUAUCUCCUGAAAACUUUGGAGAUUAGCAAACAAUCAACAGUCACGCUGAACUGUUUUUUGGGGUUUACUGGUCACUGAUAAAACUACAAAGAGUUCCACAAAUAACCCCAGAGGAGGAGAUUUUGAUAUCUGUGAUAUAAAUGUAUAGUUUUUACAAUUUCUUGUUUUCCUGCCAGGCUGUUGACUCUCUUCAUGGUUACUGCCAUAAGCCUGCCAGUUUUUCAGUCUGAAGCAUUCCCUUCUAUUUACACUCACAGAUUUUUUUCCUUUUUUAAAUCUGAAUUCGGGGGGAAAAAAUGCAGAAUUUCUCCAACAGCCCGGCUCCACCCUCAAUCCCUCCUGGAUUCAGCGGGAGGAGCGUGGGCGGACCGCCGUAUCCCCCUCAGCCAGUGGAGCCCCAGAUCUCUCCGAGGAUGAUGGAAGAUUACGUCGGGAUGCAGCAGCAGAGCAUUCACAGAGGCCACCACCAUCCGAGCCAAGCCAGCCACAUGCUUGCGUUCGGCGUGAGGAACAGAGGAGCUUUGGAGCUUCCGCCAACACAGGGUAACGUCCACGCCGGUAACAAUAACAACCCCUACAGGAAGGAGGCUAUGGAGUUUUAUUUUUCAAUGGGUGGAAAAGACAGACAUAGGAGGGGAGGGAUGGGCUAUGGGGGAAGUUUUGGGUACCCCGGUAUCGAUGGACAUAUACCUCACCAGUAUCGACAUCCUGGAUCCAGUUCUGUUACAUCGUCUGGCCUGAUGUCGCCAUACCCAGUGGAUUAUGGCUCUAGUGCCGGUUCAGGGGGCGCUGCUGGAGCCUUCUCUCCUUCCCAUCAGUACAAUAUGAAUCAGAACCCUGUGAUGCAGUCAGUUCCAGGCUCUCAAAUGCAACAGCGCCAACAUGGGCAGAGCUUUCCUCCUGUCCACCAGGCACAGCAGCAAAGAAACUACCCACACUCCGGGCACAGGAUGACCCCACAGUACCAUUACUCUCCACAGGGGGGAGCAUCCACAGGGUCAUCUGGAAUGUACAGCCCACCUCUGCAGAGAUAUCUGGAUGGAGCUGCAAACAGCAGCUUUGAUCCUAAAGUCAACAGUUCCCCAAGUGUCAACACUAGCUCCAAUUCAGUCUCUAGUACAGGCACUGCUAAUAACGUGGGCCCUGUGGAGAAUGUUCAGCAGAGCUAUCCAGCUUCGAAUUAUUCUGGAUAUCUCCCACAGUCUCAUUCACUUCAUAAGCAAGCCACACUACAGCACAGAAACUCGCAGCACAGUUUAGGGGUUGGUUAUGACGGAUCUCUGAAAAUGCCUCACCAGGGUCUGCCUGCAGGCAGCAUUUUUGCAAAACAUCAUCAAACCUCCAACCCAAGUAUAGCUCAGCCAUCCUCCCAAGAAAUAGCCAAAUCCCCUAUGCAUUCUAAUGCGCAGCAAACUCAAAUGAACCAAAACUUUAGCCCGAUAUCAAACCCCUCCCCUGCUGCCUCUGCAGUUCAUUCCCCCAGCUGUAGCUCUUCUCCUUCCCCUCUAAUGGGGGUUUCUGAGGCACUUGGGAAUGCCUCAAAUCACGGCCCUCCCAUGUCGAGCACCCGUAGCGGCCCUGGCCACAGUAGGCUACUGCAGACCGCACCUCAGUUGAGUCCCACACCCAACUCAAAUAGCAGCGUCAGUAGUUGCGGCAGCAGUGGCAGCCACAAAGCUCACAGCCUGAGCGCAGUUGGGGGGAGCAGCCUACCUCCAGUGGGUCGAAAUAAAAUGAGCCAGGGAUCCCGAGAGGAAGGCUCCUCUGUUUAUUCCACUUCCUCUCUUGACAGAAUGCAGGAUGCCGGCCUGAACAGUCUCAAUGCCUUGAGCUCCCAAGUAGCCAAUUUACCGAACACAGUACAGCACAUGCUCCUCACUGACACGGUGUUCUCGCACAAGAAGAGAGACGGCGGGCAAGCGCCACACGCGGCGCACUGCGUGCCCCCAUCGCAACCCAGGAGCCGGAAUUUAAGUGCAGCCUCGAGCGGCAGCACAGUCAAAGACGUCAGAGCUGGUGACGGGGCAGAGGAAGACUCAACUCUGCUACCUGUUGGAGCGCCGUCUGGGACCAAAGUGGAGCCAGAGGAGCAGCUGGCUGAGAGGGAGCGGGGGAGAGCAAGGCAGGUGAGUGGUGCGAGCUCUGGGUCUGAAGUUACGAGCUAUAAUCCAACCCAAACGCAACCUGGACAGACAUGUAAUGUUAAAAUACUCGUCCUCGAAUCACAGUCAAAAGAAGCAGCAGAAACUAAAACAAAAGAAAUUAACAUUCCUUCAUCAGCAGCAUCUCUAUCCUCUGAAGGUAGUCUAACUUUACAUUCAGCACCACCAGUUUCCUCAUCCCCCUCCUCCUCUUCCAAUAUUCCUCCUGCCACAACACAGAAUUGUGUCUCAGAAACUGGUUUGGCAUAUAAUGACCAUAGAGGUGGAGAAAUUAAAAAGGAAAGUGAAGCAGCAGCUGAGAAAACACAGAAGGUCAGCAGCCAAAUGCAACAAGAUGGAGGAGUGAGUGCAAAAAAUGGCCAGGAAAAGAAAAGCAUGUUGCACUCAGAGUCCAAGUCGCACAUUAACAAGGAGGAAGAAAAACAGGCAUUAGAGGAACAGCAAAGCAUCAGUAGCGUUGGUGUGAUUGUUUCAAGUCACACUGACAAAAGUAAGCAUCCCCAAGACAAUUGUGUGGAAGAGAGAAUGCCACUCUCUUAUUUAAAAGAGGCAAGCAGCCAUAAUGGGGAGGAAGGUGUAGAUCUUAGUCUGUAUUCGUCCCAUCAUCAAAAGUCAAACAGUGGGAGGUCUCCGAAUCCUCCCCAAACUGCUUCGCAUAAAUACAGCUACCCAGAAUCAACAUAUGGCUCAGAUUUGUCGAUAAAAAACAGAGUGAGGGCCGGCACAGGCUCUGUAAUGGAAACAAACCCCAGAUUCUUUGGAUACCAGCUCUCGCAGGUCGGUUACAGUCAUGUGCAUCCAAAAGAUGGGUCCAGUUCUGGGGUUGAGAUGCUAGUGAAGAGAAGUCAUGGGGUGGGGUCUAAAGCUCAGGAUGAGAACUCACAGAUGCAGCAAUUCCCAAGUCUCCUGCAAGAAGUUCUUCAGGGUUACAAUUUAGACAGACGCUAUAGUAGACAGGAGCAGACGUUCCCUGCACGUCAUCAAGCCCCACAGCAGUUUCCAUCUAGACAUUCACUUGACAUCACUGAGGGUUUGUCUUACUCGGCUCAAAUUGUAAAGACCACAAAUCGGAAACAUGGAAGUGAUCCGGAUUUUGCCACAGAUACUCAGUCCUUAGUAAAGUCAGAGGUCUCUAAUGCUAAGAUUAUUCAAAAUGCUGAAAAACCUGACAUGGGUGUGUCCCAGAGCCAUUUAGCACAGACUGUAGAUUCCCAGCAGUCCCCAGCUAAACACAUCAACUUAUCUGACUUCUCUAUGCCGCAGAGAAAAACAUUAUCUAAUGUACAAGAGCUCCUUUUGCAAGAGCCGGAACCGUUAACUCUCACUUCUCAAACCGAGCCCCAGAAAUCAGGAUCCACAUUAGCCCCGUCGGAACGGCGAUCCGUCAUCUGCGACGUGUCGCCGAACCGACGUAGCACACCAGAGCGAGAAAGGGAGGGGGGGAAAGAAAAGGAACGGGAGAAAAGUCAGAGUGCAGCCUCGGUGAUCCAACAACCAUUUUCUUCUCCAGCUGCACCAAGUGAUCUCAGUAAAAAGGAUGUUAUAGAAAAGCAAGUGAAAAUGGAAAUGGUGCACAAAGAGUCUGGAAAUUCACAAAAUGAGAAUAAUGGCAGUCAAUCUGAGGCGGAGUAUCAUUCUAAACCUCCUCAUUUGUCAAGUGGGGUAAGUGCUGACCCGUACAGGCGUGGCACUGUCGAUAUAACCCCCAUGCCCUCACACCCUGUGAGCAUGACUGCUUUGACCUCACCAACAAGGCAUCACUCAUAUCUUCAUGGAGUCGAUCUUUCGUCCGGCAGCAGUGGUACAUUUCCGUACCAAUAUGGAGACUCAAGAGAAGAUAACGUGAUGUCACGGAGUAAUCUGCAGUUUUCCUCUCACCAUCCCUUUCACCAUUUACCUCCUCAGUCUCAAUCCACCAGUAAACUUCAAAUGUAUCCGCAUACACGUGGCCCCCCACACCCUCCUCACGACAUUAGUGAGUGGGUAAAAGCCAUAAACAGGCCUCCGAAGGAUAUGAUGAUGAUGCAGCAUGGAUCUUCUCCUGGGAGACACAAGGUUAACCAGUCAGAGCAGAGACAGCGAUUAAUCCCACUGGCUGACAUCCAAGUUGAACACACGAGCAAAACGCAGUCAGUGCAUCAUCAAAAUCCUUACCAUGAUAUGAAAAUAUGGGAGUCUACACAUCCUAGGAGAGAGGGCGCUCGGAUGAUGGAGGGAGACGCCUACUAUAGGGCCCAACCUCCUCCUCUUCCUGGCCCUCCUCCUCUAGCUUCACACAGUCACGUUCCGACACAACUGACUCACAGCCACAAUGCUGUCAAAUCCGAGGAAUCCAGAGGAGCUACAGACGAGGCCAAACAUGCCUGUCCACCUUCCCCAUCCAUCUCCUCUAAGCCUCCUUCAGACACAAGCACCACUCAGCCACAGCGUCCAACAAAAACCGGAGGUUCCGGAGACACAAAUCCCCUGAUUUUAAGAAGAAGGGUUCGGUCUUUCAUAUCUCCCAUUCCUGCAAAAAGACUGCUCCAGGACUCACCUCAGCAGAGAGUCGCUACAAACUCUCAUCACUCCCCUGGAGCUCAGUCUGAGCCCAGCCAUCACAACGACGAUGACUCAUCCACCACAGAGGUGCCAUGUCCUCGGCUCUCCUCCCCACAGCCAGGUGAGAACAGCUUCCUACAACCGCUGUCUCCUUCAGGUGGUAACACCAAGGUUUUGGCUGCCAGAAAAGGACGAGGCUUGAAACUGGAGGCAAUAGUGCAGAAAAUUACCCCAAAUAUUAAAAAGCCAGCAGCCCCUACCGAUGAUGAGUCAAAUCAUUACCCUGGUUUCCUGCACUCAGACAUCCCAGCGUUUAAUGAGUCACAGGAUCAAGACUUGGCAAAUUUCCCCAGGGUUGCAGGAGGAGAGGAUAGUUACAUGGAUGAAAGUCAUUCAUUAAACAACAUGAUUCCAUUUAGAGGAGUUGAUGAAACCGGGCUUUUACCCACAUCUUCCUUCCCAUGUGAAUCCCAUCAAUCAUCUCAAGUCAAGCAGCAAGACUUUAACUUCGGUUUAGGGGCCACCGUGGCGUCUGCAUCAGGUGAUAAGGAAGACUUUGCUUUGCUCGGCCCAUUACCUCCUCCCCCACCUCUUCCCCGCCCGGUCCAGGGUUCUCCGCCUCCGUCUUCAUCUGCCCUGUCGGACAUUCAGCAUUUUACAAACACAUACCAGCAGCUUGAGACUCGAAGGGGAGAGCAAUCUGCUGCUAACCUCCUUCGACAGAAACUCCAAGAAUCUGGCAUGGGAUUUGAGGAUUACCCUGGCAGCGACUACUACGGGACCACCCCGCCCCACCAAGGCCACAUGCUGAACAGACAACAUCAGAUGUCCUCUGGAAGGUCCAGUCUGUCGCCGACAGACUCAAAGCCAUUGGAGAAUGUUGUGCCCAAGGGCUAUUUCCCAUCUGGCAAGAAGAAGGGCAGGCCCGUUGGAAGCGUGAAUAAGCAAAAACGGGCUCAAACCCAAGUCCCGGUGCAGGCCCAGGCUCAAAUCCAACCACAGAGCACAGCUCUAAGUGUUCCCCCACUUCCAACCACUCCACCCCCUCCAACCCCAGCACCUGCCUCCACCCCACCAGCAACACAAACUCCCAGCAGCACAUCAACCCCUACCAUACCCACUCUGUCAGAAAACACAAACACUCCCCCAAUAGCCCCCCCUGUUCUGACCCAAGUGGUGAAAGCUGACGUCGAGAGUGAGGACACGCAGCCAGAGACUGAGGCAAAACAGGUGCGAUGCAGACGCAGAGGCGUGAAAGUCGACGGCGAGGCGCUGGAGGUGAGGGGGCGGCAGAGGAGGAGGAGGAGAGCACCGGUACCUGCGGCACCACCCAUAUCUAAAGAUGAGCCAGAUGCACCUUUGGGGGCAACGGGGAGUUUCAGCACAAACAGAGGUUGCCCAGAUCCAAAUAGAAAAGGCCUGUUUAUUCCUCACAUCCAUGUGGAGAAAAAAAUACCUGAGAUCGGAGCUGUGUGCACUAUUGUUAACGCCGAGGACGACAAAAUGAGAGGAGAGCGCAGUGCAGCGGGAGGAAAAGCAGGAGGUGUUGGAAUUGAUUCGCUCCUGACCUCAGCGCUUUCCUCCCAGUUAUCUCGGAGAGACAGAGAGUUGGAGAAAAGGGAGACGGAUGAGGUGGAAACCACACUUCAGUCAGGCAAAGCACUUCCUUCAUCUGGCUAUGUCGUUACAGGGUCUGUGAUCACAGAAACCAAUCACUCCGGGCGCCUGCUGUGCUGUCUGUGCCAGAAAUGGGCAAACUACAAACAUCUUGGAGAUCUCUACGGGCCAUACUAUCCGGCUGAAUACGCCGCAAAGCUCCCCAAGAACCAGCCCCAGAUCAGACAGUGUCAGCCCUCUACAGGCCCAAACAAAACUGGACCAAAUUUAGACAUGAACGCUUUGAGUACACUUCAAGUCACACCAACACGGCUCGCUCAGUUCAACAUCCCCUCAUCUGAGAACGACAAUUUCUGCUCAAACCCAGCAGAGAGAACUGCCUUCACAGCCCCAACAGAGGAGAUGAUGAUGAUGAUGUAUAUGCCCGGAAAGCUCAGCAACAAAACACCUUUAGCCUGGGAGAAAAGCCCUGAUCUGCGACCUAUCCCUGAGCUUAAAAGAGAGCCAGACCUUGAAGGCGACCAGCAGCAGCAACAGGCACAGAAGCAGCAGCCGCAGCAGCAGCUGACAGACGACACUCAGCAGCGACCUCAGCACAGAAAGCUGACCUCACAUCCCCGCUUUAAAAGGCGACACAAGUCCAGCGAGGACUCCCCUCGGAUGGUUCCAUCCAACAGUAAGGCUUCCCUGCCUUUUCAGCCCCCUCCGCCUGCCUUGGACUCCCUGGGGCCCUUGGCACAACUCGCACAGCUGCCACAGAUGCCCAUGGACCCAGAGGAGCUGUGGGUGCAUGAAGGAUGUAUAGCAUGGACAAGUGGAGUGUACCUCGUCAAUGGGAGACUGUACGGCCUGCAGGAGGCACUAGAUGGAGCCAGAGAAACUAGCUGCUCGUUCUGCGAGAUAGUUGGCUCGACGCUGGGCUGCUACAGUAAAGGCUGCACGCUCCGCUACCACUACCUGUGUGCUAUUGAAGCAGACUGUUCUCUGAAUGAAGAUAACUUCUCGCUGAGGUGUCCGAAGCACAAGGUAAAGAAGGAGAGUUUACCCAGAGCAUCCGGCCAGCCAAGCCAGUGUAUGUGGAGCAGUCAGAGAGAGGCUGAGGGAAACUGGGAGAAGGAGGAGCCGGAUUUGGGGAGCUCGACCACUUGGAUGUUUAUCUCAUCGCCAUGCAGAGUGAGGAAUGUACGGCAGUGAAAGAAACCUCCAAAGGGGCAUCUUGGAGUCACCACAUCUCCAUAGUAACGAUCGGAUGAUAUCUAAAUACCAAUCAGAUGAGUGUAUUACGAGAAAAAAUCGUUUUCCGUCACAAACAUAAACAUGGGGAGUUCGAGUGGAACUCUGUGGUUUGGUAAUUGAGCUUUUUAAUAAACAAUCCAAAAAUGUGGAAAUCUCCUCAUGCCUAGUGUUGAUCAUGGUGGAAGAGUUCUGAUGUUGUUGGCCUGUUUCUCUUCAAACGGUUGGGAAAUCUGAUCAUAAAAUCGCAGAUUUUCACACGUCAUGUGGCUAAAGUACACAGCAUGCUCCCAUAUUUGUUGGAAAAGAGAGAGAGAUUUUUUUCUUUCAAGCUUCAAAGACAUCUUUUUCCAGGGUGCCAAUAAAUCUGGCAAUAUUACCUCAUUAUUGCCAGUUUUUUUCAUUAUCUUAGACUGGUUCAUACUGGUUGUUACUGGGCUGAUAUUGAAACAAAUUUUAGAUUGGGUAUUGGUGACAAUGUGCCUGAUCCACAAGGGCAGAUCUGUUGAACGCUUUGUGCUCUGAGCAAUUCUUAUUCCUAUUCCCAAUUGCACUUUCUGAACCAUUUGAAAGAAGGUUUGUUGCAGUUUGUUGUUUGAAUGUUUGACCACGGUAGUCAGCCAGUUUAUCAGUUUCUUUAUUCAGUUUACACUGGUUGCUCUGCUCCUAGUUGGACUGACUGAACAAAUUAAAGUUCUUUUGUUUUUACAUGUUUGACCAAACUUCUGAAGCAAUUGGUGUAUUUAAAUGUGCUGUACUGGUGCAGAGUUAGCAAAUAAAGUAGUGAAUUCAGGGCAUUUCUGUCUGUUUAAAAAGAAAAAUACGUCUUUUGUCAAUUCAGCACUGUUUUUCUGUAUCGGAUUAGUUUCAGCCGAUACUGAACAUCAGAUAUCUGUAUUGGUAUCGGAAGUGAAAAAAGUGGAUCGGUGCAUUCAUACCUCAUCCUCCCAAACUAUGUCAUUUAGCUCAUUGCUGCACGAGCCACACUCCAUUCAUUCUUCUGCUCCCCUCACCUUUGUAACGGUACUCCUGUCGCUCGCUGUCACUUCCUCCCCCUCACAUUCAAACCAACCAGUCUCCAUGGAAACCAAUCCACAUAUAGUAUAGCUCAUAUUUCUGUCUGUUGACGUAGGUUUUAUGAAGCCGAUGUACAGCUCAGGCUUUGUCAUCGGGGCGCAUCCCUUUUUGUUUCUUUCAGUUUUACCUCUGAAAGUUUGAAGUAUUCAUUCCUCAUUGAAUGUUUUCACAUCAUGCAACAGCCACAAACUUUAAUGAAUUCUGAUUAUAGGUGAUAGACCAGCAGAGAGUGGUGCAUAUUUGUGAACUGGAAGGGGAAGGGUUACGUAGUUUUUGGUGAGCAGUUCCCUCAAGGCAGUCGGUUGUAUCUCUCAGCUUUCUAAAGAUGGAAAUGUUUGCCUAUUCCUUUUUAUGUACGGUAGAUCUCAAGCUCAGUUACGUUCAGUGGAAAACAUCUGUCGAAAAUCUAUUUUCUUUUAAAGUCUUGCCAUGAGUCCCAGUUGGAUUCAGGAGUAGAUUUUAACUGUUGCACUUUUGACAUCAACCUGAAUUUUCUUUGAUCUAAACAAGUGUUUCCCAGCCCUUUUUUUUUCUGUGCUCCCCAUCCACAACCUAAAAAAAAAGUAAAUUCUGUUUAAAAUAGUUUAGAUAUUUUCUUUGAGCUUUCAUCUGUCUGUCUAGGGAUCAGAUGUCAGGAUGUACCAGCAGUUAAAGGCGCGUUUUUCUUUUUCUGUAACAAAUGGCUAACUUUUUAUUUCUGAAUAAAGUAGAAAUCAAGUUUUUUAAAAAUUAUUAUUAUAGUUUUCCGUCCUGAGAGCGAUGGUUCUAAUUCCACAAACUCAUUCGGACACUUAUUACUAAGAGCACCGUUUGAUUCAAUUGAAGGGUUUAAUUGGGUUUAGUUCAUGCUGAGAUUCUGAAAAUGUAAAAUCAAAUGAAACAAUACUUGAUUGAUGUGAAUCUACUCUAACAGUGACAUUAACAAUGCAUCGGACAGGGAGCAGAAAUGUUUUACUGCCAUGUUUGGGUGUUGUUAAGCAGAUGGAAGAUUUUCAAAUUCUAAUUUUAUCAAUAACUUUAGGAGGAAUGAAUUCUCCUGAAGUGCGUCUUUAUGCAGAUGACACCGUGCUUCACACCAGUGUGAGGCGGGCUGUUAAUGAGCUUCUGACUCACUUUAAGCUGCCGCAGCGAUUAAUGUUUGACGUAAAGCUGGCUCCGAAUGUGAAGGAAACCAAACAUAUGUUGUUUAAAAGAU